CGGUGCAAGAUGGGAGAGAAGCUGGAAGUCAGUGCAGACGCAAGCUGCGCUCCGUGCCAUUACGCAUAACUUUUGCUGCACCGAAGCUGAAAUAGAGUGGACUUUCUUGAGCAAGAUGGCUAUACUCAUCAGUUCAUUGAUUAUAUUAACACAGUUCCUGCUUUAUUUGAACCCAGCAUAUUGCAUGGAGGUAGAUUUUUGCAUCCCUGUGCGUGUGGAUCACCAAAGGCACGAGAAGCAUCUGCACCGGCGCGCGGAGGAGAUUGAGGAAAGACAGAUCGUUUUCAGACUAAGUGCAUUCAAACAGGAAUUGUACCUCCAACUCACGCCGGACUCUAGUUUCCUUGCACCGGGCAGCUUGCCACUUGAGAGCAGCUCCUCAGCAUCCAACGAAACCUCUGACCUACGGGAAUGCUUCUACUCCGGGAAUGUCAACGCGGAACCGGACUCAUUCGCCGCGCUCAGCCUGUGUAAAGGUCUCCAUGGGGGGUUUUCUUAUAACGGUAUGGAGUAUUUCAUCAGCCUGACUGGCAGUGAAGACGCUGCGUCUGGAUUUGGAAACUCUUUCGACAGGACGCACAUCAUCCGCCGCCGGAGACGCGCUGCGCACUCGGGUACUAACUUCACCAGCAGGUGUGGAGUUACACCUGACUCCAACUUCAACAUUUCCCUGGAGAAAUACAAGCACUUGGGCCAACUGGAGUUUGAUGGCUUAACCAAAACUGUGUUGAAAACCUUGGGGAGGUCCAAGAGAUUUGCCUCCAUCCCAAGGUUUGUGGAGGUGCUGGUGGUGGCGGAUGAAUCUAUGGCAACAUUUCACGGGGAUGACCUAAAGCAUUACCUCCUGACCCUGAUGUCAGUGGCAGCCAGGCUUUACAAGCACCCCAGCAUCCUCAACUCCAUAAACAUAGUGGUGGUGGGAUUCAUGGUGAUAAGUGAAGCUGACAAGGGACCAAAGGUUUCCAGUAAUGCAGCCCUGACUCUGCGCAACUUUUGUUCCUGGCAGAAGAAAUUGAAUAAACACAAUGACAAGCAGCCAGAGUACUGGGACACUGCCAUACUGUUCACCAAACAGGAUCUCUGCGGGGCCACAACCUGUGAUACAUUGGGGAUGGCUGAUGUUGGGACCAUGUGUGACCCGAAGAGAAGCUGCUCUGUCAUCGAAGAUGAUGGCUUGCCCUCCGCCUUCACAACCGCCCAUGAACUUGGCCACGUCUUCAACAUGCCCCACGACAAUGUGAAGGUAUGUGAGGAGGUAUUUGGGAAACUAAAGGACAACCACAUGAUGUCUCCCACACUGAUUCAGAUCGACAGGAGCAGGCCCUGGUCUGUGUGCAGCGCAGCCAUCAUUACUGAGUUCCUGGACAGAGGUCAUGGAGAAUGUCUGCUGGACCAGCCUCAGAGGCAGCUGUCUCUUACCGACAACCUGCCUGGGUCCAGCUACAGCCUGCAUCGUCAAUGUGAGCUUGCCUUCGGCUCCGGCUCCAAGCCCUGCCCAUACAUGCAACCCUGCUCCAAGCUGUGGUGCACCGGAAGGGCCCGCGGCCAGCUGGUCUGCCAAACCCGACACUUCCCCUGGGCGGACGGCACCAGCUGUGGUAACGGUAAAAUAUGCUUCAGAGGAACCUGCACUGAUAAGAACACCACCAUGCACAUCAAGGUGGAUGGUCGGUGGGGGAAGUGGGGACUAUUUGGGGACUGUUCUCGAAGUUGUGGUGGAGGAGUUCAGCUGGCCAAGAGAGCGUGUGACAACCCCAUUCCUGAGAAUGGAGGCAAAUACUGCUAUGGCCUUCGCAUCAAAUAUCGCUCAUGUAACCUCAACCCUUGCCCUGAAACAGGUAAGAGUUUCCGUGAGGAGCAGUGUGAGGCAUUCAAUGGAAUAAACCUGAACACCAACAGACUGGGUCCGUCUGCGGUUUGGGUCCCUAAAUAUUCAGGCAUCUCUCCUAAGGACAAAUGCAAACUUAUUUGCCGCGCCAACGGUACUGGGUACUUCUAUGUCCUUGCUCCAAAGGUUGUGGAUGGGACCCCCUGCUCUCCUGACACCUCAGCUGUAUGUGUUCAAGGAAAAUGCAUCAAGGCAGGCUGCGAUAGCAAGCUGGACUCCAACAGGAAGUUUGACAAGUGUGGGGUGUGUGGUGGCGACAACCAGGGCUGCAAGAAGGUCUCAGGAAUGUUCACCAAACCUAUACAUGGCUACAACUUUGUGCUGAUGCUGCCCAUUGGAGCUUCAAACAUUGACAUCCGUCAGCGUGGCUACAGAGGAAUGGUCAGCGACGAAAACUACUUAGCGGUGAAGAAUCGGCACGGCAAGUACCUGCUGAACGGCAACUACGUGGUCUCAGCCGUUGAACGAGACUUGCUGGUGAAGGGCAGCUUACUGCGCUACAGCGGCACCUCCACCUCUGUAGAGAUCCUUCAGGCCACCAGACCCCUGCAGGAGCCUCUGACUGUGGAGAUUCUCUCUGUAGGGAAGAUGACUCCUCCCAGGGUGCGCUACUCCUUCUACAUCUCCAAGGAGAGCAAGGAGGAGAAGACUCUGCGGAAAGAGGACAAAAGCCACAAAGCGCAUAAUAGUGUCUUGGCAGACAGUAAUCGGGUAGAGGCUAAGAAGCUGAUGAUGGGAAAGAGGCCCGUCAGUCAUUGGGUAACAGGAAGUUGGGAUUCGUGCACAGUGACUUGUGGGAAUGGGCUGCAGAAGAGGCUUGUGGAGUGUCAGAGCAUAGAGGGGCGUCCAGCAGUGGACUGUGACAGUGCUGACAGACCUGUAGCAUUGAGAUCAUGUGGGGAUCCAUGUCCUAUGUGGGAUGUAGGGGUCUGGUCUCACUGCUCCAAAUCCUGUGGAAGGGGCUUUAAAAGGCGGCCGGUGCGCUGUAUGACUGAGAACGGUUUGAAUCUGCCAAGAGACCACUGCUCUGGAAGGAGGAAGCCUCAGGAACUGGACCUCUGCAAUCUGAAGCCAUGUUAAAGCAGAACAGGCACAGCCCAAGGACCUAUUUGCUUCAGUAAGUGUCACAAAAGUGACAAUUUUACAUGAACCUGAGACCAAAUGAGCAUUUUAAUGACCCUAUUACUGGGUUGGGUGGAAGUACUCUCAGAUGCAGCCUGACAGUGUUUCAAGUGGUGUCUGUUAGAGCAAAGAAACACAAUGGAGAAAGACAGGAUCUCCAUUCAUUGUUUGAAAAGACAGACAUCUGCCUAGAGAACAGAAAAGAAGGAAAGUCUUCUUUUGAACUGUCAAACCAUCCACAUCAGGUUUGACCUGUGGUUAGUCUACCUCGACUAGGAACAAUGACACAAUGCCUGAGCAUAUACUGACAGAAACAAAUGAGAAAGAUAUAGAGACAGUGAUCACACACAUCUGCCCAUAAACAUACUUUCUUGGUAAAGCUACCUGCAUGGGAUGAAAUUGAAAAAAGGGCAAAAAAAAGUCCAGGACAAACAGAUACAGUGAGAUAUAA